AUGAUCAGAAUAAUAUUUUUAUUACUUUCAUUAAUAAAUUUAACAUUUUGCUGCCGAGGGUGCAUUGAUUUGGACGAAUUGACAUUUGCGAAAACCAUCAGUAAAUUUAGAACAGCUUUAGUAAAGUUUGAUGUUUCAUUUCCCUACGGCUCAAGUCAUGAAGCAUAUUCAGCAUUUUCUCAAGCAAUCAGUAACAAGACGUUGAAUAGACACAGUCAUCCUGAUGUUUUAAUUGCCACGAUAGGUGUAAAAGAUUAUGGUGAUUUUGAGAAUAAAAUAAUAGCAGACAGGUAUGAUAUUAAAGCAGAAUCAUUUCCUGUCAUCAAGCUGUUCAUUGAGGGCGAUUUAGACAGUCCGAUACAUUUUGAAAAAGGUCAAGAAGAUAUCACAACAGCCAAACUAUUUUUAUUCCUAAAAGAACAUUCAAAGGUUUAUAUCCAAGCUCCGGGAUGUAAUCGAAAAUUGGAUGAAAUAACAGAAGAAUUCAUGUUAGAGAAAAGUCAACGUACAGAAAUUUUAAAGAAAGCAGAAGAAGUUAUAAAAAGAAUUGACUGUGUAGAGGAAAAGAGUCUAGUAAAGUUCUAUACAGUACUAAUGAAGGGAAUUAUCGACAAUGGUGAUGCUUUUGUCAACAAGCAAAAAGAACGAAUGGCAAAACUGCUAAAAGAUAAAUUAAGCGAGAAGAAAGUUGAGGAACUGUCAAAAAAAUUAAACAUUCUUAGCUCAUUUAAAUAUCAAGAAAAUUCCAAAGACGAAUUUUAAUGAAAAGUCUCAAG